AUGGACAACUCACGACCUUCAUCUCCAGACGCGCCUCCCCAAGAUCUCUGGUCGUCCAUCUUGGACUCAGUCUCGUCUUCGCGUUCCAUCCCUUCCAAACAAGUGAUCCUUCUCGGCGAGCCUUCGUCUGGGAAAUCAUCCCUGGUGUCCGCCCUGCUGCAGAAACCCCCACCUGACGAGACUAAGGAGGACCAGCGUACUGAUUUCGCUAUUGGAUACGACUGGGCGGAUGUACGGGACGAUGCAGAUGAAGAUACCCUGGCGCGAUUAUCUAUAUACACUGUGCCAUCCUCUUCCCCGGCGUACACGGCGCUAUUACCUUACUUUGUGCCCCCACGGUCAUCCUUGCCGCACAGUCUUGUGAUGAUCACGCUGGAUUGGACGCGACCUUGGUCAUUUAUAGAGGAACUGGAGACAUGGCUUGUGUGGGUUGAAAAGUGGGUCAAAGGAGAUGGCUCAAGAGAAUUAGACAUCGCUAAGGAAGAUAAUCGUGAACGACUGCAGGUGUACUGGCAGCAUUAUACGGAGCCCAGCGCGGAAGAGAUUCCUGCCACGACCGCUGUUUCCAGCACUGUUUUACCCUUAGGUCCUGGCACUCUUACACACAACUCCGCCGGUGUUCCCGUCGUCGUCGUGUGCACAAAGGCGGACCUCAUUGACGAGGGUAACGACGUCAUCGGCUCAGGGCCUUCCGGUAUGGGUGGCAUGGUCAAAGGGAAAGGCGGAGAGUGGGAAGAGCGCACAGACAGUAUCAUGCAGGUUCUCCGGGCAAUCUGCUUGAAAUAUGGGGCGAGCUUGUUUUACACCACGCCACAACCUGCUACUCUGCAAGUUCUACGACAAUACACUUUGCAUAGCUUGUUCAUACCCCCUGCACCUUCUCCGGCAAUGGCUGGUGAAGUCAGCGCUCCUCCACGCAAUCCCUUCCCCUUCCAACACAAACCCAAUGCACUCGACCGUGACCGGAUUGUCAUUCCGGCCGGCUGGGACAGUUGGGGGAAGAUUGGAAUUCUCCGUGAAGGAUUCGACGCGAAGUUGUGGGGAGAGGCCUGGGAGAAUGACUUGGACGGUGCAGACGAAGACGCUGGUCCCAGAGCAACAUCGCUGUAUGCUGGCCUGGUUCCUGAUCUCAGUCGCAAACCUCCACCACUCCCUCCCCUCAACAACCCGACACCAGAACAGGCAUUCCUGGCGAAAAAUUACGACGAGAAUGCGAAGAAUCCAAACCGCGACCCUCGGGGUGCCUUCAAGAAUCCUGCAGAGACCGCAAUGGCGGGCAUCGUUGGACCGAUGGGGAGCAGCAGCUUCAACCUGCCCAACGUCGAGCGUGCGCUCACAGAAAUGGAAGGUUCAACCGCCGCGACCGCCAACCCGCUCAACGCCAGCGUAUCCAGCGACGCGGCUCCCAGGAAGGCCCCUACUACCCGUCCAGCACGGCAAGCCCCGACCAACCUCUCGGUACCCACCUCCUCCGCUGCGGCACUGGCACUCAAUCGUGGUGGAGUACCAUCGCCCGCGCCGCUAUCGGCGACACCCAGCUCCGCCGACGACCAGACUCAACACCAGGCGUUGAAGGCGUUCUUCGACAACCUUAUCAACAAGCGCAACCGCACGGACGACAAGGGGGCCGCCAAAAGCCCCGAUGGUGAGGGCGGUGCGGGCGAGAGCAGUUGA